UGCCCUCGGAAGCGCCCACAAGAGCUGCCUUCGUGCCCGCGACCUGGCCGUGAAAGCGCCGUGGAUCCAGCGUCUCGCUUCGCCUCCCGUGGGUGCCAAUCUCUCGUUCUACCUUAAGGAUGGGGCGAUCACGCGGCCUCCUCGUGGCCCUGGGGCCAAUGGCAAGAGGCGGCUGGACGGCGCCGGCCAACCGGAGCGCCGCCUUUGCCACACCCCUCUUGGGCCAGCCAAUGGGGACGCAGGGCCGCCGAGCGCGCCUCCUGAUUAGGGAGCCUUUGCAAUUGUUGUGGAGAGGCGCUGCUGCUGUUGCUGCUACGCGCGGGAUUGGAGCUUCUCUUGCCGAAGGGAAUCCGAAGCGGGGAUUUGGUUUGGCUGCGGGAACAAUGGACGGCAAGAAGUAUGUGGUCAACUUCGGCGCCGGACCCGCUAAGUUGCCGCGGGCGGUAUUAUUAGAAGCCCAGAAAGAUCUGGUGGAUUAUAAAGGCCUUGGCAUUAGUGUUCUCGAAAUGAGUCACAGAACGUCUGACUUCUUAAAAAUCAUCAAAGCAGCUGAAAAUGGCUUGCGGGAGCUUCUCAAGAUACCAGAAAAUUACAAAGUGAUAUUUCUUCAAGGAGGUGGAUCUGGACAAUUUAGUGGCAUUCCACUAAAUCUUAUUGGAUUAAAAGAAGCAAGGUGUGCCGAUUAUGUGGUGACUGGCGCAUGGUCAGCAAAGGCAGCUAAAGAAGCAGAGAAAUAUGCCAAAGUCAACCUUGUUCAUCCUAAACUCUCUAGUUAUACAAAAAUCCCUGACCCGAGCACUUGGAACCUUAACCCAGAUGCCUCUUAUGUCUAUUAUUGCGCAAAUGAGACGGUCCAUGGUGUGGAGUUUGACUUUGUACCCGAUGUUGGGAAGACAGUUCUGGUUUGUGAUAUGUCUUCAAACUUCCUCUCUAGACCGGUGGAUGUCUCUAAGUUUGGAGUAAUUUUUGCUGGUGCUCAGAAGAACAUGGGCUGUGCUGGCGUAACGCUGGUAAUUGUGCGUGAGGAUUUAAUUGGCCAUGCGCUGAAGGAAUGCCCUAUAGUGUUGGACUACAAAGUGCAAGUGGAGAAUGCCUCAUUAUACAACACUCCUCCGUGCUUCAGCAUCUAUAUCAUGGGUUUAGUCCUCGAGUGGAUUAAGAACAAUGGUGGAACUGCAGCUAUGGAUAAACGGAGCCAAACUAAAUCGCAGAUGAUUUAUGACAUUAUUGACAAAUCCAAUGGAUUCUACGUAUGCCCUGUGGAAAGAAAGAACAGAAGCAGAAUGAAUGUUCCCUUCCGGAUUGGUAGUAUUAAGGGAGAUGAAGCCCUUGAAAAGAAAUUCCUAGAUAAAGCUGUAGAAAACAACAUGAUAUCCCUGAAAGGACAUAGAUCUGUGGGAGGAAUCCGGGCCUCCUUGUAUAAUGCUGUCACAGAAGAUGAUGCUGAAACGUUAGCAGCAUUCAUGAAAAACUUCAUGGAGACUUACCGGUCAUGAAAAUAAAAAAAUGAAAUGUUACACUGCGCCCUUGUGACAAAAGUCUUAAGAAUUGGAAGAUUAUAAAAACAUUUCUUAGAAAACUUUCAAUAAGAGAAGCAAAAAUGUUAGAGAAUAAACAUUCCAGUAUCAACCACUGGUCAACCAGUACUCUUAAGUAGUUUAAACUGUGAGGCCAUUUGGAAAUACCUACAGUGCUUCAAAACAUAUCUGUAUUAAAGUGUUAGUAGGGGAUGUUUAAUGUCUCAUCAAAGGAUUGGGUCAACUAUGUUUAUAUCAAAUCCCAACACACGUAAUGUAUAGAGUGCAUUGGAUACUGGAAUUACAUUUCUUUUAACCCUACAAAACCUAUUUGAUGUUGAUGUAAGUCACCCCACCAACAAUUCACUACAUUGCAAAAUAUUACCUUGUGUGUGUUUUUUUUGCUGAUGUUUUUUCCAGUUCUUCUGGCUCUUCCUCUCUUAAUCCUUUCCAUUUCUAAAAUUAAGAAUUCCAAGUGCUUAAUCUGCUAAGCAGAGUUAAGCGAGUACCAGUUUGUUUACAUCCAUGAGGCUAAGUUUGACAGCAUUGCUUUUCAUAUCUGAUCAUUCCAAAGAAACAUCACUCAGUGGUGCCUGAGGGAAAACUGUCAAUUAUGCAUUGCUGACCUCAGCUUUUGCAAACAUUUUGAAAAAGGAAGUAUCUUAUGUUUUAUCCACUUAGCUGUGGUGUCACUUUUCUUCCUAAAGUAUUAAGCACACAUUCAACUACACUGAGGUGUAGGCUGUUUUCUUUAAAAAUACUAAAUGUAUUGACUCAGAAAAUACCCUUUUUGGCAGACUUACCUUUUACUAUCAAGGAAAUCAAAAUUAGUUUCCUUCCCAGGGCUUUCUUCCUGUGGAGUCAACAUCACCUUUGUUUUUCUUCGAAACCAUUGCACAAUUCUGGUUAUUCAUUUUUUCAGUCAGAAACCAUCUUGCAUAGUUUAUGCUUUCAAAAGAGGCCUUGCAUGUUCUUCAUGCACAAAUGGGUUUUAUACGUGAACCCAGCAUCUAUUCCACCUCAACUAUAGUGUUUAAGUCUUAGAGUGACCCCCACUUGUUAUGAUUUUUCCACAUCUUCUGUACAUUGUUUAGUAUAAGUCCAUGUCUCUAUCAAAAAACCCUUAUCCAAAAGUUUUGAAGUCUGUAAGAAAUAUGCUUACAAUAUAUAUUUUUAAAAAAAAUAUGUUAAAACCACUUGUUACAUAGCAUAAAAAUGAUGAAGAGAUCAAAUUUCUACCCAUCACUUCCUGUCUCCUUAUAAAUAUAAUUCAUCAGGGAACACAAUUUUAAUUUCUUGUCCGGUUUAACGGUAUACAAUAUUAAGCAUAGUAUGAAAACUUAACUAUUAUGAAUAGUGUCCCCCUUUAUUCUUUGUAUAAUGGCAAAAGGUUGAACAUGCACCACUAUAAAACAAAUAGCUUUAUUUGCUUAGUUUAAAAUAACCAUGCUUUACUUUCUUCUUGUGUUACAUCACGAGUUGAAAACCAAUAAAACACUUCUAUAAUA